UAACUCCUAAUCUUGUAGAAAUUUUAUCGUCCUUGGAAAAUCGUCUGCUUCAAAUUUCUCUCUUCACCAGUAACCCUAACCCUAACCCUAAACCUAACCCUAGUCCCACAAUUUUCCUUCAAUUAUUAUUCCGUGUUUCUUCCAGUUUUUCAGGCCGGGAAAUUUUCAAAUUUUCCGGCGAUCCGACGCUUAUUUUUUAUUGUUUGAGACAUGGUAUCUCCCGAAAAUCCCAAUUGGUUGUUUGACUAUGGUUUGAUCGACAACAUCCCUGUACCGGAUGCGAAUUUCCCAGUUACAAGUUCAAGCUUCUCGUGGGCUGUUCAACCCUUGAAUGGCACCCCUGAUGUCGGUGUGGAAAUUGAUGGAUCGUUGGCAGAACCAGAUGGCCGUCUAGAAUCUGGCUCAAAAAAGAGGGUCAGAUCUGAUUCAUUUAGUGCAUCAAGCUCCAAAGCGUGUAGGGAGAAGUUACGGAGGGAUAGGCUCAAUGACAGGUUUUUGGAACUGGGCUCCAUUUUGGAUCCUGGAAGACCACCCAAAACUGACAAGGCUGCAAUUUUAGUUGAUGCUGUUCGAAUGGUGAAUCAGUUACGUGGGGAAGCCCAGAAACUAAAGGAAUCCAAUUCAAGUCUCCAGGAGAAGAUUAAAGAGUUGAAGACCGAGAAGAAUGAGCUCCGCGACGAAAAGCAGCGGCUCAAGGCAGAUAAGGAGAAGCUAGAGCAGCAAGUGAAGUCCAUGCAUGCUCAACCUGGCUUCUUACCUCCAGCCAUCCCUACAUUUGCUGCUGCUCAGAGCCAAGCUCCGGGCAAUAAGUUGGUUCCUUUCAUUGGUUACCACCCAGGAGUUGCCAUGUGGCAGUUCAUGCCACCCGCUGCGGUGGACACGUCACAGGACCACGUACUCCGGCCACCUGUUGCUUGAGCUAUUGGCAACCUAGGUUGCCAUAAAGAACCAUUGGAAAUGUCCCAUAGUUUCAUUUUUAAUCUGUCAUUGUCGACUGAUAUAUCAGUAUUUACAUUUAAGUAGGUUUGUCAAUUGAUUUUGGGGUUGACUAUUUUAUUUGCGAUCGGAGGAUAAUGGAAGAACUUGUAAUGUUUUGUAAUUGUAAUUGUAAAUAAGUGAGUGAUUUGGUAAUGACUAUAUUUAAUGGCCCCUCUCUGAAUUUAUUUUC